AAAAAAAUCAAUAAUUUGAACAAUCAAGUCUGUUUUGUGUUUUUAGAAGAAUUUUCGUUUUAAAUUAAGAAAAAUGAUGCAGGAAUACGACGACGAUUUCUUCUUCGAAGAGGACAAAAUGAGCGUUUGUCAUCGGACACAAUAUUUAAAGGAACCAAAAUACUACACCAACGAUAUGUUUGAGGACAGAAUUAAAUCCAAACAUGGAAAUUUAAAAACGUCUCUUUCGUUAUCUGUUGACAGUGUAUUAUUAACAAUGGAAGAUACUAAAACAACAGGAUGCGAUGGAAAAUCAGAAGAACAAAUACAAGAUCAGGAUAACCCGGAUUGCAUUUUCAACGAUAUGCGUCAAGAGAGAUUUAUGAUUCAGCACCAGAACCUUAUGGGAAUGACGGUGACGUCAGGAAGUGUGGUUCUAAAUAAAGACGAGAAAAACCUCAUCGGUAUCAGUAUAGGUGGUGGAGCACCUUUAUGCCCUUGCUUAUAUAUUGUACAGAUAUUUGAUAACACACCCGCAGCUAAAGAUGGUAUACUACAGAGUGGUGAUGAACUUGUUGGCGUUAACGGUCAGAGCGUCAAGGGGAAGACUAAAGUCGAAGUCGCCAAAAUGAUACAAUCUGCCAAGGAAACUGUUACCAUAAACUAUAACAAACUCCACGCAGAUCCAAAACAAGGCAAAUCUCUGGAUAUUAUAAUGAAGAAGAUGAAGCAUAGACUUGUGGAGAAUAUGUCGACAGGCACAGCAGAUGCAUUAGGUCUAUCUAGGGCUAUACUCUGUAACGACACGCUGGUAGCGAAGCUGAAUGAAAUGAGAGAUACGGAGACAACGUAUAAGAGAUUGGUAGAACAUGCCAAAAGAAUGCUCAAAUCAUAUUUUGAUGUUCUGCAAACUUACAAAUCAUUGGGGGAUAUUUUUGCGACUAUCGGUGUCAGGGAACCUCAAGCCAGAGCCUCAGAAGCUUUUACCAAAUUUGGAUCCUACCACAGAUUACUCGAGAGAGACGGAAUCAAAAUGUUGAAGACCUUGAAGCCAAUCCUAGCAGAUAUGGGUACAUACUUGCACAAAGCUAUUCCUGAUACAAAGCUAACGAUACGCAAAUACGCAGACACGAAAUUCGAAUAUCUAUCAUAUUGCUUGAAAGUCAAAGAAAUGGACGACGAGGAAUAUGGAUACAACGCUAUACAGGAACCAUUGUAUAGGGUCGAAACCGGUAAUUACGAAUAUAGAUUGAUCCUCCGUUGCCGUCAAGAAGCUAGGAACAGGUUCGCAAGAUUAAGAUCAGAUGUUCUGGUUAAAUUAGAACUUCUAGACAACAAGAAGACUCAAGACGUAGCUUAUCAGCUGAGAAGAUUCAUUCAAGGAUUAGCAGUUUAUCUAAAUGAAACGGUUGAACAUUUGAAGGAGAAUUCUUCUUUAUUCCCUGUCGAAGUUGAUCUAUCACAGAACGCCUUCCAGUACAAAUCUACAGCACAGAUUAUACAAGACAGUCAAGAUGACGACGAAGAAAUUGAGUUCGGUAAGGAAAUACAAGAAUAUCACGAUGUAUCUGACGACGAAUCGAAAGAUAAUAAAGCGGCGAACCGUCGUCAGGAUCAAGACAAAGAUACAACCGACUCAUCUGAUCAAUUGCUUCCCGAUUUGACAGCUAGCCUUGACGUUGACAGCAACGUCAAAACUGACAGUGACAACUUAAAGUUAUUAACAGAGUUAGGGUUGGCGGACACUAAGACGGAUGAUUUUGGCGAUUUCCAAAACGGUCUCGACGAUUUUCUUAAAAAUAAAACCGAAACGGAAGACGUUUUUGAUAAGUUGUUAAAUGACUUAAACAUUGGUCAAUAAAUAUUGAAUUGGUAAAUAAAGUGACGUUUAUUAAUAAAAAUAUUAACGUCAUUUAUUUUUUUGGUAAAAUUCAAUCAAAGCUACU